AUGGCACAAAUGAUGCUCCCAUCCACUAUAGCCAGUCGCAUUCCACGUGAAGUAACUGCUCGUUACAAUGAAAUGGUCGCCACAAGACGAGAAUUGCAUGCCAAUCCUGAAUUGGGCUAUGAGGAAGUCGAGACUGCCAAGCUUAUUGUUCAGAAACUUCAAGCCAUGAAGGGUCUGGAGAUAUUCAAGGGAGUCGGCCAAACUGGCGUUGUUGCCCUGAUGAGAGGCAAACGUGAUCAUCCCUGCAUCUUAUUACGGGCUGACAUGGAUUGUCUUGGAAUUGACGAAGACCCAAGCAAGUACUCGUUUGUUUCUCGAAAGCCAGGUCGCAUGCACGCCUGUGGUCACGACGGACACGUUGCAAUGCUCUUAGCUGCGGCCGAGAUCUUGACAGAAAAGUUUGGUGACAGAUCCUUGAACGGAAGCAUCAAAUUCAUGUUUCAGCCUGCAGAAGAGGGAGGAGCUGGCGCAAAAGCCAUGAUUGAUGACGGUCUCUUUGGUCUUGGUGGAAUCGAAGUCGAUGAAGUGUAUGGCUUACAUCUGGGUUCCAACUUUGCAUUGGGAGACGUUUUGAUUGGAAUCGGUCCAGUCAUGGCUGGCUCUGACGCAGUAGAUUUGACCGUACAGGGUGUAGGAGGACAUGGUGCAUACCCUCAUCUCACAAAAGACGCUGUUCUCGUCCAAGCUGCCAUAGUCCAAAGCCUCCACACCAUUGUCAGUCGAAAUGUUGCUCCAGAUCAAUUAGGAGUUUUGACAAUAGGUCAUGUCAGUGCAGGAUCUGUACGAAAUGCUGUCGCAUCAAAAGCUACUUUAUUGGCUACAGUACGAACAGUUGAUGCUAAAGUACAAAGCAUUAUGAAGAAGAGAAUUACGGAAGUUGCGGAAGGUGUCGCUCAUGCUCAUGGUUGCAAAUGCCAGGUCGACUAUACCGUGCAAUAUCCAGCUACUAUAAACGUUGGAGAGGGCCCGUACAAACUGGUGCAAGAUGCUGCCGCCAAAAUUGUCGGCAAGGAGCAUAUCCGUCUUGUAAAAACACCUCAAAUGGGUAGUGAGGACUUUUCGUUCUUGUUGUUGGAAAAGCCAGGAAACUUCUUCUUUGUUGGAGCUGCACCCACCGCCGAUCUCGGAUCGCAUCCACACCAUUCUCCAUUGUUUGAUUUCAAUGAACAAGCCAUGCUUAUCGGAUCCAGUAUCUUCGUUGAAUUGAUUGAACAGCGAAUGAACCUACCAAUGAAGCUGUAG